AUGCAAUUGAAUAUUGGUUCUGGGAUAUUAUUUCUUCUCACAUUGGGCUUUGUUAGUAGUACAGCAUUGACGGUGCUGUUGCAGCCCCACGAGACUUUGUGUUACUACGUGUUGACAGUUGCCAAAGACAGCAGCAUUGGAUUCUACUUUGCUGUCCAGUCUGGGGGCAGUUUUGACAUUGAUUUCAAGGUCAAGGACCCAGAAGAUAAGGUUUUGAUCUCUGGGGAAAAGGAGCGUCAGGGAGAUUGGACUCUCAAGGCGGAAACCCCGGGAGAAUAUGAAUUUUGCUUUGCCAAUGGGAUGUCAACUUGGGCUGAUAAGGUGGUGGAUUUUGAAAUCCGAGUAGAUGACGAUUUCCGGGCGGAAUUGCCAGAAGUCAAGAAAGUUUCCACUGGGGAGAAAGAGCCGGUUGAUGGCAUGGUCUUCUCGGUGUCAAGUAUUGAAGAUAAAUUGAAUAAUAUGUUGAGAACAUUGCAAUAUUACAAGACUAGAAAUAGCAGAAACCAGCAUACAGUCAAGUCAACUGAGGAAAGAAUUCUUUGGUUCAGCUUACUAGAAAUUCUCCUAAUGUGUGGGUUGGCUCUUUUCCAGAUUUCUGUGGUUCAUUUCUUCUUCAAAGGUUCCAGAAAGCAAAUGGUUUGA